AUGGAAGAAUCACUGUUUCAUUGCUAUCAUGAAAUGAUUCCAAUUGCCUCGUUUUCUGAAUCUCCCCUUCUCUAAAAAGAAGAAUAGCCAUUAAUAGAUGAGGCUUAUACUGAAAAACUGAUAGUUGAAAGUUAGAUGAUUAAAUCAAAUAGAAUAUAGCGUAUAUUUGAUAUUCAACAUAAGCUAAACAAACCAAAAUAAAGUUACAAAGUUGAAUUAGAAUUAUCAAUAAUUUUAUUGAGAGAAAUGAAAAUUAAUAGAUAAUUAGAAUUUUUUAUGUUGAUUUCAAUCUUAGUUGAUAGUUUGAUCAGACUAAAUUCUUAUAUAUAUUUAUUUCUUCUAUUAGUUGAUAAAGAAAGUGAUGGUAAGAUUCUGUUAUAUUAUCUUAUUCUAAUACCAAGAUUUUACUUUUUUUUAAGUUUAAUAAGAAUGUUGUUUAGGAAAUUGCACUUGUAUAGAAACCAACCAAUUUUAAUGAUAAUUGUAUUAUUUCGAUAAAAUUUUACUAAUAAAAAUAUGAUUGAAGAAGCAUCAAAGGAAUGGUAUGAUUGGAGGAAUGAAUCAUCUCAAUUUAAUCUCAAAUAACUUGUAAUUUAUUUACUAACUCCUAAUGAAUUAUCAUAUUUUUAGUUAAAAUCACUAAAAAAUGGAGUAAAAACAUAUAUAGUUACAAGUUUUAUAUUAAAAACAAUAGAGAUAGUCAUGUUUUCUCCAAUUAUGCUAAUACUUUUAAAUUUUAAUGAAAAAAUAAUGAGCAAAUAAUUUUUAAUUCCAAAUGGCUAUUAAAAAUUUACUCUCGUUUUAAUAUAUAUUGAUGGAAUUAAAUACAUAUUCUUUAGUAUUUUUUACUUAACAAAAAGAAACUAUUAGAUUAAUAAAUUUUGA